AUGACUGUUCAAUUUGAAAAGUUGGGUUGGGUCGAUCGUUUGUUGACCCUUUGGAUUGCGCUGGCGGUAGGUCUCGGUAUGGGGUUACCAUACAUACCGGGGGUGUCGGACUUCUUAUCGGGUGCAACAUUCGGUGGAGAGACAAACAUAUUUUUGGUCAUUGGCCUGAUUGUAAUAAUGUACCCACCUCUGAUACGAAUCGACUACGGACGUGUAGGUCAGAUCUUCAAGCAGCCCAAGGCGGUGUUAACGUCAGUCAGUUUGAACUGGUUUGUGUGUCCAUGGCUGAUGACGUUUUUGAGCUUGGCAGUCCCACACAACCACCCAGAACUGCUGCAAGGACUUGUGUUAAUUGGUAUUGCCCGGUACAUUGCGAUGGUGCUAGUUUGGUGCGAGUUGGCGGGUGCAGAGAUGGACCUGGCUGUUACCCUGGUGCUGAUUAAUAGUGUACUACAGUUUUUACUGUAUUUCGUAUACGAGCUGUUGAUUAUCCAAAUCUUCCUGCCGGCUAUUGAUAUCAGUAGUGAUACUGGGUCGGAUAUUUCUAUAGCAGAGUCGUUCCUACUAGUAUUGGAAAGUGUGGCGAUCUACCUUGGUAUUCCUUUCGCGCUUGGAUUUGGAACAUGGGUCAUAGGACAGAGAGUUCUGGUCAAAACCAAGUACACAAAAUUUGCCAACACAAUUGGACCACUUGCACUGUGCUCACUCCUCGUUGUCAUUGUUGUAACUUUUGCCAUGUCGGGCUCACAAAUGGUAGAUGACAUCGUUAGUGUGUUACUUGUCGCUGUAUCCCUGAUACUGUAUUUCCUAAUCAUGUUUGAUGGGUCGUUCAUGCUGUGCUGGAAAUCGAAUUUGUCCUACGGCAAAACCUUGGCCAUCGCUUUUACGGCAGCAGGCAAUAUCUUCGAGUUGGCGCUAGCAUUGGUAAUCGCUCUGUAUGGUGCGAUCUCUCAGCAAGCUUUGGCAGCUGUAGUGGGGCCACUGAUUGAGAUUCCAGUUAUGUUGCUACUGGUGCUCAUAUCCAGAUGGCUGGCUGGUAAAUUGGAAUUUAGUGGCGACGAAGCCAACCCUAAAAACCCUAAACCCUAA